AUGCGUCUACCUUCGACUUCGGCGCUAUGCUGUCUUUGUGCAGCACUCCUCACUCAGCUGGUCCUGGCCGAUACCGAGAUCCGUAACUUCCGACUCCCCCUCCCCCCCGCCUCACUCACUGCGGGCAAUGUUGGGACAAGGUAUAAGCUGGACAGCUCGACGCGGCAGCUCACGUUGAGCGUAUCAUCAAGUCAGCCAGAGCUGUCGGUGCUGCUCAGACCCGAAGAGGACUAUACAGACUGGACGAUUCGCCUUUCCUGGCCCGGAUCCUCUCCUACCAGAUUUGACCUCUCACUCCGGCCCCUCAACUCCACGAUCCCCGGAGAUCACUCCGCCCUUCUCAUCAUCUUCGCCAGUCCACUGUCCGCCCCUAUACCCAUCUAUCCUAUCCGUUAUCCCGUUCUCUCUCACCUGGCGUCUCUCCUUCAUCCUGUACCAGAUUUACGUCCCGAGCUCGCUAAGAUAGCGGAUACCGGAACAGAAGAAUGGGAGACAACGCUCCACCUCGUCUUCGAGCCGCUCAUCCUCGGCGUGCUCCCCCGGACCGCUAUCCCCGCCGUCCUCCUCAUCUUGGUCUUUGGUGGCGGGGCAGCGUGUUGUGUACCGAGCAUGAUCAGGCUCCUCGAACGGACACAUCGCGGGGCGGAGGCAGCGGGCGAAGGGGAAAGGAAGGAUCAGUAG